AUGGAUGCUGACACCAGCCCAGCAGGCACUCGACCUUAUCGCUCUAAAUUAAAGAGGCCGUGCGAUCGCUGUCGCUCCAGGAAGAUAGCUUGCAUCCUGCCCGAAAGCGGGCCUUGUCGCAAUUGCUGGAAUGUCGGCAAAUCUUGUACAUUCGACAAGCCGCCCAAUCCGCGAAAUCGUGACAUUGGUAGUAGGCGAGCAUCAACAAAAACAGCUGAUUACUCUCUGAACUUUGUGACUACCCCUGAGAGACCAAAUGAGCUCAUAGUUUUCGAAAGGACGGGCCCCGAAAAUCGCUCUUUUCAAGGGGAUGGCAAGCUCUCGCCAAGAGGAUGUCAGAACCAUGAUAAUAAUUUUCUACCCACGACAAAUGGCAAGCAACCCAAUCCAGCCGUCAGCUAUGGCUCUCUAGAUACCAUCAAUAAUAUUAGAGAUACACCGAAAAUCCAGCACAUCCGAUCCCUUGAUCAAUUGAGUGCCUCGACGGCACAGCUCUUUGGCACAUCAGCAGAGUCCGAUCCAUGGUUACUGCGGCAUUGCAAGUAUGACGAUAAUGGCAUGCGGCAUCUACAUGGGAUCCAUUUUCGAAAUGUUGGCGGAGUACCGGUGGAGGGACUGGUACCUGUGCAUUUUCUGGUGACCGAGGAUUCGCUCCUGGGGCCAUCCAAGGAAGCCACGUCAUUUUCGCAGGAAAUGGAUGUACAGCAAUUGAGGGCAGAAUUGAACCAGAUGAUUCCGCCAAGAUUUGGAGUACGCUUAAUCCAAUUAUUCAUGAGAUUUGUUUUUCCGGUGAUGCCGGUGAUCUCUCGGUCUCAAACGGGUGUUGCGUCUAAAAUCUCUGAACAAUCAUUGCAAGACAUUCCCGUUCACCUAGUCGCGGCACUCUAUGCAUCUGCACUGCCGUUUAAGAUUUAUGACCCCGAAUUGGUUCUGUGCGGUGUCUACGACAGCCAAUUGUGUGACAAACUGUGGCGAAUGGUAUAUCAAUUGAUAAUGCAAGAGAUUCAUACGCCGCACUUGUCUGUUCUCCAAGCUUGUUUGCUGUACUUACAACGCUUGCCAGUUGGAAGCCAGAGUGCAUUAGCGGACAGUCCGUUUCUUUGGUCAUUUCUUGGAACUACAGUUGGCCUGGCCUCAUCCCUAGGUCUCCAUCUUGAGCCCCGACCAUGGGGCAUUCCAGCUUGGGAAAAGCGGCUUCGACGACGGUUAUGGUGGGCUGUAUAUGUGGAGGAUAAGUGGCGAAGCUUGCUUAUAGGGCGUCCACCAUUUAUUGACAGAGAAGAGUGGGAUGUUCAGGGCUUGGACGAUGUUGAUUUUGUUGUCGACGGUCCGAAUGGAAAUCACGAGCAAGGUCAAGCCCAUGACCGAAACGAGGAGUAUGGUGCUAUUUUCAGGUCAUUCGCAAAACUGGCCAUUAUCGCGGACAACAUUCAUCAAACAUUCUAUACCCUGAAAGCAUCUCAAAGGAUGUGUGAGGAUUUUCGAAUAUCAAUCAACGCUGCUCGACCUAUCCGGGAAGAAUUGCAGUCCUGGUACGCAUCUCUUCCCGAAUCUCUACGCAUCAAACAAAAACAUGAAAACAACUACCAGAACACGCCCCGCAUUGAAGGUGUUAGCUCACUACAUUUUGCGUAUCUGAUUCUCGAGCUGUUUGUAUAUCGCGCUAUCUUACGCCCAUUAGCCCGAUCGCCCCCGCCGCCACCGAUAGCCGAUGACAAAGAUCCCCAGGAUAUCGCGUGGCUUCUUGAAGAUUUAGGCUAUGAUGGACAGGGUCUAGAUCAGCUUCCUGUUGUGGACUUUUCGGAGCUGGGUGAUGCUGCGGAGGCGACGUUGAAUGCUGCAGAAAAGUGUGCCGGGAUCAUUGUCAACUUUGUUGGAGCUUUGACUCCGGUUGAUUUUGACACGUUUUGGUAUCCCUGGACACGGAUAUCCUUUGCUACAGUAUCCAACUUCAUUCUUCUUCUCCUCAUUCAAGCGCCCACUUCGCAGCAUGCUUCACGAACAAAGCAUCUACUGGAUAUCUGGUUACAAAAUCUCAGUCGCCAAUACAAGAAUCACGAGAAUUUGAUGUCACUGGGUCUGGUACGACUGCGUACUCUGAUGGCAGACGGACUGGCGCGCAAUUUCAUUGUUUCACCACACCUCGCUGAAGUUUUACACACGAAUAACACAGGAAACGGCGCGAUUCCGUCUAGCGCCAAUGGCGCCUGGACUAUCCAACCGUAG